AUGCCGCUAACUGCCAAACAGUUGAUCAGUGCACUAAGUAUCAUAGCUCAGCUCUGCUCUCAAACAGCUGAUCAAGUUCCCCAAAAUCUAAUGAUUAGCAAUCCAGAGACAGUAGAAGCUGCCUCCAGGACACCACUGGCUGAAAUUCUGCAGUUUCCACCCAAGAUGGACAUCAGGCCAGCAGAAAAUCAGAGCCAGACAAGUGUCACAGAAUUUCUUUUGGUGGGUUUCUCUGUUGACUCAACCAACCAGACUCUUCUCUUUGUCAUAGGACUUUUUGUCUAUUUGUUAACUUUAGCUGGAAAUCUAACCAUUAUUACAUUGAUCAGGAUAGAUCAGCAUCUCCAAACUCCUAUGUACUUCCUCCUUGGCAAUCUCUCUUUUGUAGAGAUUUGCUACAUUUCCACUACUCUCCCCAAAAUCCUGUGGGAUCUCUUGUCAGGGGACAAGACCAUCUCCUACAUAGGAUGUGCACUACAAAUGUAUUUCUUUGUUACUUUAGGGAGCACAGAAUGUGUGCUUCUCUCAGUCAUGGCAUAUGAUCGUUAUGUAGCUCUCUGUCACCCUUUGCACUACACUCUGCUGAUCAACCAAACAGUAUGUCGACGUUUGUUAGCAACCACUUGGGGUAUUGGCCACUUUAAUUCCAUUGUUAACACAGCAAUAGUCUUUUCCCUACAUUUCUGCCACUCCAAUGAAAUCAACCACUUUUUCUGUGACAUUCCUCCUUUACUACGCUUAUCUUGUUCUGAUAUCUUCAUCAGCCAGAUGGUGACUUUCACUAUUUCAGGGUGUGUUAUCAUUCUGCCAUUCUGCCUGACCCUCCUUUCCUAUGUUCUCAUUGUCUCCUCUGUCCUCAAAAUCUGCACUGCUCAUGGUAGGAUCAAGGCAUUUUCCACCUGUGGAUCACAUCUCACUGUGGUGAGCAUUUUUUAUGGCACCAUCAUCUACACCUAUAUACAGCCUUUGUCCACUCAUUCUAUAGAAAAAGACCACCUUAUUUCUGUGCUAUAUGCCAUAAUUACACCACUGCUCAACCCCUUGAUCUAUAGCUUCCGAAACAAGGAAAUGCAGAGAGCCCUUUGGAAAGCUCUUGGAAAGAGCAGUUCAUAA